AUGUCCACUUCGGCAAGCUCGACGCUCGAGCGGCAGAAUGACGAUGUCCUCGAGGGGCUCCUAGGCAAGGUCAAGCAAUUGCGAGGCGUUACCACGGACAUCUACGACGAUGCGGAAGCCCAGCGUGGCAUCUUAGACAAUACCGUGAGUCACGCCUUUUCUCCCGUCCUCCUCCCCUCAAAGAGUGUCCAAGGCCUAGUACUGACAGGAACAGCUUCCUUGAACACGUCUCACAACUCUCCCUCUGCAAAGUCACACCUCUUCGACGUCUUCGGCAACCGUCUGCGAGCAACUUCGAAUCGCUUCUCACAUACCAUCGUCCAAGGCUCAAGACACAAUCGCCUCACACUGUACAUCGUCGGAGGAUUCGUCGCACUCUUCAUCCUCUACCGGCUCCUCUUCUAA